AGCGACCAGAACAGAACUGCGCACGCGCGCACCGGUAUAUACUGUAUACUAUACACGCACCGUUAUAUACUGUAUAUGGUUAUAUACUGUAUACUAUACACCGCACCGUUAUAUACUGUAUACUAUACACCGCACCGUUAUAUACUGUAUAUGGUUAUAUACUGUAUACUAUACACCGCACUGUUACAUACUGCAUACUAUACACCACACCGUUAUAUAAUGUAUAUGGUUAUAUACUGUAUACUAUACACCGCACCAUUAUAUACUGUAUACUAUACACCGCACCGUUAUAUAAUGUAUAUGGUUAUAUACUGUAUACUAUACACCGCACCAUUAUAUACUGUAUACUAUACACCGCACCGUUAUAUAAUGUAUAUGGUUAUAUACUGUAUACUAUACACUGCACCAUUAUAUACUGUAUACUAUACACCAGACCGUUAUAUACUGUAUAUGGUUAUAUUCUGUAUACUAUACACCGCACCAUUAUAUACUGUACACUACACAUCACACCGUUAUAUACUGUACACUACGCACCGCACCGUUACAUACUGUAUACCAUACACUGCACCGUUACAUACUGUACAUACUCAAGGUGCUGCCAUGGAGCUCAUUAAGUGUGAGCCCAAAAUGUGACAAGAUAACAUUCCCCACACCAUUACACCACCUCCAGGCUAGGCUAUUCCAGUCUUCAACUGUCCAGUUUUGGCAAGUCUGUGCCCACUUCAGCCUCAGCUUUCAGCAAUAAUCAUGCCACGGCCAAAAUCACUGAGAUCACAUCUUUUCCUCCAUUCCGAUGGUUGAUGUGAACAUUACUCCAAGCUGCUGGCCCGUAUCUGCAUGAUUUUAUGCAUUGCACUUCUGCCACACGAUUGGCUGAUUAGAUAAUUGCCUUAACGUAUAGGUGUACAGGUGUUCCUACUAAAGUGGUUGGUGAGUGGAAAGAAGAACAUUAGAAUUUUUCUUUUAAAAUGUAGUCAAUUGUACAGUUUCAGUCUUAUUAAAGGGAAUAAAUUGAUUAACGUCCUUGUAAUUGGCGUGCUAAACAUAGGCAAUCGGCUCUUAAAGGCUUAAAAGGUUACAAUCUUGCUUAUUUAUGGAAGUGCGCAAAAAUUCUAAACUAGAGAAUAGCCAAAAUGAGACAGCAUAGCUUUCCAAUAUAGACAACAUAGAUCUUUCUUGUCCAGGUAGCUGACUGUAGUAACAGCAAUCUGACAAAAACCAGCAAGUGGACGGGAGAAACCCAAUGACGUAACGUCACUUGAUGAAUUCACACUGUUAUUCUUUGAAAUCAGCUAAUGCUGAGGUUCACUCAGAUGUGUUAGCUAUGAUUAAAAACCAUGAAGACACCAAUGUGAAAAUAUUUCAGGGCAUUUAGACAGCUUGAAAUAAAUAACUGACGGAGGCCUCUAGGGGCUGAGCCGCCAUAUCUUAAAGUCCUAGAAAUGCCCCUGUCCAGGAUAUUUUAUAUAUUAAAUUCUUAGCACAUUGUGUGAUGUGGUUGUGAGCAUAAACGUAUGGUUACAUAUAGUUAGUGUAAAACAUUUACUAUGGGAUGGCUCGGUUGCCAUGGAGAAGUUUUUCACUUUGGAAUAUUAACGCAUCAUCAACCAUGAAACAGUGUGUUAGAAUUCUAGAACAAAGUGAGGAGAGACACCGAAUUCCUUUUCCAUACCAACACACAAACACACUUCAACGAUCAGCAAGAGCGAGCAAGCGACUUCAGCUACAGCUAGCGAUUAUUCAAUUUGAACAUUUCACAACAUCCUCUUUGGAAAAUGUCCAAGUCUCAGAAAAUUUUGUACUUUGUGCCUGCUGCAAACCCAGCCCACCCCAUCCAGCCCCCUCACUUCUACCCCCAGUCCCACCCCAUCCAGCCCCCUCACUUCUACCCCCAGUCCCCCCCCAUCCAGAUCCCUUACUUCUACCCCCAGUCCCACCCCAUCCAGCCCCCUCACUUCUACCCCCAGUCCCACCCCAUCCAGCCCCCUCACUUCUACCCCCAGUCCCCCCCCAUCCAGAUCCCUUACUUCUACCCCCAGUCUUACCCCAUCCAGCCCCCUCACUUCUACCCCCAGUCCCACCCCAUCCAGCCACCUUACUUCUACCCCCAGUCCCACCCCAUCCAGCCCCCUCACUUCUACCCCUCAUCCGACCCUGCCAUGCCAGCUCAUUUCUACCCCACACCCUCAAUGAUGGAGAUGAAACAACACCGCUCCUCCAUCCCGUCUGUUCAGCAGCAGUAUCCACUGGCCACACCUGCUGGAUUUUGUCCUCACAAUGGCUACAUGCACAAUGAAGUGUAUUAUCCCACUCCACAGCCUCCUCAGCACACCUGGCCACUUCUGGCAAAAAAGGAGCGCACACUGUGUGAAGAUGAAGGUGUUCAGGAUGGCAGUAUUAUAACUCCUCAGGCCCCUGCCACUGACGUGCUCACACUCGUUUGUCCAGAUGAACAAGUGCCACCUGUAUACACACUCUGGCCUGUGCCAGCGGUUGAGCCUCAACCCACCUCCGAUCUGCCUCCUGACCAAAGCAGCCAUGCCAUUUCUGAAGCAUCUCUAUCCACAUCCACAACUCCUUCAUCUCUCACAUUGUCUGAGAUUAUGGAGGCAGAGAAGGCCGAGCCAUCCACACUCCCAACCUCUUCAUCGCUCACAUUGGGCGAGAUUAUGGAGGCAGAGGAGUCUGAGCCAGCCACACCCCCAACUCCUCCACCUCUCACAGGGGGUGAAAUCAUGGAUGGAGAAGAGGCCGAGCCAUACAAAGUCCCACCUCCUACACCUCUCACAUUGGUUGAGAUUAAGGAACAGACUUUGGAUAUUGACGAGAUUGUCAACGGUAUCUGGGAGUGGAUAAAGGAUCAAGUCAUGAAAGAUAAGACCAAGAAGUUCCCUAUGGACAAGUCUCACCACAGCAAGUACACCAAGUGUGAAGAUGAAGGUGUUCAGGAUGGCAGUAUUAUAACUCCUCAGGCCCCUGCCACUGACGUGCUCACACUCGUUUGUCCAGAUGAACAAGUGCCACCUGUAUACACACUCUGGCCUGUGCCAGCGGUUGAGCCUCAACCCACCUCCGAUCUGCCUCCUGACCAAAGCAGCGAUGCCAUUUCUGAAGCAUCUCUAUCCACAUCCACAACUCCUUCAUCUCCCACAUUGUCUGAGAUUAUGGAGGCAGAGGAGGCAGAGCCAUCCACACCCCCAUCUCCUACACCUCUCACAUUGGGUGAGAUUAUGGAGGCAGAGGAAUCUGAGCCAGCCACACCCCCAACUCCUCCACCUCUCACAGGGGGUGAAAUCAUGGAUGGAGAAGAGGCCGAGAAAUACAAAGUCCCACCUCCUACACCUCUCACAUUGGUUGAGAUUAAGGAACAGACUUUGGAUAUUGACGAGAUUGUCAAGAGUAUCUGGGAGUGGAUAAAGGAUCAAGUCAUGAAAGAUAAGACCAAGAAGUUCCCUAUGGACAAGUCUCACCACAGCAAGUACCCCAAGAGAGUCGAACUGUUCAUCAAGAGCCUGGACUACAGCGUGGACGACAAGCGCCUGCACAGGGAGUUCCUCCCGUUCGGAGCCGUCGUCAGUGCCAAGGUGGUGAUGGAGAAUGGCCGCUCCAAAGGUUUUGGCUAUGUUAGCUAUUCGUCUACUAACGAAGCCAUGGAGGCCAUUAAAGGCAUGAACGGGAAGAUGUUGGGCAGGAGGCCGAUUCAUGUAGCUCUGUCUAAUAGCAGAGAAGAGUGCAAGCCUCACCUCACCUGGACAGAGCAGAAGACGGGGAGCAGCCGGCCUACCAACCCUCGGCAGAGUCAGCACAAGGACACACAGAGAGUCCAGUCACAACCUUCACACAGAGUCUGGAUCGUCGGCGACAGCUACGUUCGACGGAGUGAAGCGCGAGCAAGGGAGACCAUGGGCACCAAUCUUGGUGUGGCUUCUCAGGUCGAGUGGUUUUGCAGGGGAGGCAUGUAUUGGGGUGAACUCCUUUACUUCUUCAAACAGUGCCUUGAAGGAAGAACUGCUCCAGAUGUGCUAGUGAUUCACUGUGGGGGCAACGACCUAGGACGUGUGGAACGUUUGCUGCUUCUCAGAACAAUGAAGAGGGACCUCUUUGAGCUCCACAGACAGUUUCCCCAGAUGAAGAUUCUGUUUUCUUCAAUCACCCAAAGGCGCCAAUGGCAGCAUGGCCUUCCGGGAAAGGUGGAGAAAGUGCGGAUGUUUGUGAACAACGAGAUGGCUACGUUUGUUUCGUACAUUAACGGGAGCUUUGUCCCUCAUCCGCACAUACAGUUUAAUAAGCCUGAACUGUAUUUAAGAGAUGGGGUUCAUUUAAGCCCUAAGGGACAUGAUAUAUUUUUAACUGGUAUUGUCCAGUGUCUGAGAGACCUCAACCCAUAAGCUCGAUGCAUUGAUGGUGGUUUCCUGUCCGACCAAGAUUGAAACCAAAGCCUGACCUAAUAAAAAUAUUUCUCCAA